GACCAAUUCACAUUUCUCUCUUAUAAAGAUCUGUUCAACAGGUCUUCACGAACGUCAAGUAUUCAAAACAAAAUAAAAUAACAUAUAAGAUAUCUACGGUUAAUCAUAUAAGUUAUCUAUUUUUGUCUUAAUACAAAUAAAUUUACAAACGAUUAAUUGCAUAAAGUGGUUAUAAAUAAAGUAAAAAUUUAAAGAGAAAGUAAAAGAAAGUUAUGUAAUAAAAAAAAACCGAUUUAUAAGAAUCUAUAAUUAUAUUGGUAAAAUAUUUAGAAACCCACACUUCGGUAUAAUUUGUAGAAUUGUAAAAAAUUAUCAUAUAUUUAAUAAAAAACAAUUGUGUGCGAUAAAAGUCUUUAAAACGAGAUAGCGAAGCUCGUUAAAAUUUCUUUUUAUAUUGUAUCUAGUUCAGUCUUUCUAUCAUAAUCUUCAAGUACAAUAGCAAAUUUUAGAAUGAGCAAUCAGAGCAACAUUUCAAAAAACAAAGUGAUUAAUUUUGGUGCAGGACCAGGCAAACUUCCGGAACAGGUAUUACAACAUGUACAAAAAGAAUUACUUGCAUACAAUAAUACUGGAAUCAGUAUUUUAGAAUUGAGUCACAGAUCGAUUGAAUUUAAAAAUAUUGUCGAAGAAGCACAAAUAACAUUACGAGAAAUACUGCAUAUUCCCGAUAAUUAUAAAAUUCUGUUUAUGCAAGGGGGUGGAACAGGAAUUUUCGCCGCUAUUCCUUUAAACAUGAUGACAACUGGUACUGCAGACUAUUUAGUAACAGGUACAUGGUCGGCUAAAGCAGCAAAAGAAGCGGGCAAGUAUGGCAAAGUAAAUUUGGUUUUGCCACAAAUCACGAAAUAUACAGAAAUUCCUGAUCCGUCCACUUGGAAGCUGGAUCCCAAUGCAUCUUAUGUAUAUUAUUGUGCUAACGAAACGAUUCACGGAAUCGAGUUUAAUUACAUUCCUGAAACGAAUGGAAUACCAUUAGUUGCUGAUAUGUCGUCAAAUAUACUUACGAGAUCUUUUGAUGUUUCAAAAUUUGCAGUAAUAUUUGCUGGCGCUCAGAAAAAUAUUGGUCCAGCUGGUGUGACUCUCGUGAUAGUAAAAGAAGAUGUCCUCGGUCAAGCUAUGAAAAUUUGUCCAAUAAUAUUUGACUUUACUGUUAUGGCAAACGAUAACUCUAUAUAUAAUACACCACCAGUAUUUCAAAUAUAUGUAGUUGGUUUAGUUUUCAAAUGGAUCAAAAAAAAUGGUAGCGUUGAAGGAAUGGAGAAACUGGCAAUUGCAAAAAGUCAAAAGAUAUAUGAUGUGAUUAAUAAAUCGAAAAAUUUCUAUUCAUGUCCAGUUAAAUCGGACGUAAGAAGCAGGAUGAAUGUGCCAUUCAGAAUAGGUAAAGACGAUGAAAAACUUGAGAAUGAAUUUCUAUCCGGCGCAAGUGCGCGAGGAAUGCUUCAGUUGAAAGGUCAUAGAUUAGUAGGUGGAAUUCGAGCAUCUCUGUACAAUGCUGUUACUAUAGAAGAAGUAGAAAAAUUGACAGAAUACAUGAUGUGGUUCUAUCAAAAAUAUGCUAAAAAUUAACCAUUCUACUAUGUAUUUUAUUAUGAUUUCAUAUAUAUAUAUAUAUAUAUAUAUGAGAUAUGAUAUUAUCAAAAGAUUUAUAAGUUCUUUACAUAUUUUAUACAAUUUGUACAAUGUUUAUUAAAA